UAGCUUUAAAUGGUGUAUACCUGAACACAUAUGGCCGUUUCGAGAACUGGGCCGGUCAGCGUUUGAUUCUUCUCCACAUGCCGUUAUGUCACCACAUCUGGUCAGUUAGGAUGCAAAGAUGUUACCCGCUUGGAGAAUGAAGGAAUUUGGCCUCCACAUGCUCACGUGAAGCAAAUCGGGCAGCGUAUUUCCGGUGGACGAUUUCGAUCGAUGCCCAGUAAACACAAGCGCGACCAUGCACUCUCCCGACCGUACCAGGAAUCCUAGCAUUGACUUCCGAUGAAAACCAAGCUUGGUGCUUAGCAAGAACUGACAUAUUUUGAAAAAUCAUGAAUUAUAAGUUUUAAAUGGCUGACUGUCACGGACAGCCGAGGAACCUAACUGGCCUCUACAUCAACACAGCGUGCUUCCUACCAAUUCUGGCCUAGCCGUGCCUCUGUGCGGACGUACCGAGCAGACAAAUCCUUUGUCGUCUGCUACCAGAUCGGUUUACGCUGAGGAUCCUUCAAAAUGGCGGCGCAGCCCUCGUUCGAACGUCGAGCACUCAUCGUGGCCACUGUGUGUACUGUUGUAGGUUUGCUAUUUCAAAUUGUGGCAAUUUGUACUAAUAACUGGCUAGUUCUGUCAAUACCUGGAGGUGUGUAUCGCAACGCAAGCCGCAGGUACCUUGUACAAGCUUUCUCGGGACUCUGGCGAAUCUGUCGAGUUGAAGUUUCGCGACUUGUGGCAGACGGCAAAACUGUUGAAACGAGACAUGAUGAGUGUGAAUCUCACAACCUAUUUCCCUCAGAAGACGAAAUACGACAGAACAAAGCGAUCGACAGCCACUAUUUAGAUGGGCCUAACGAACUGAUAAAGAUUGACUACACAAGGACGGCGAUUGCCUUCACGAUUAUCGCCCUAAUAUUGAUGGUGAUAGGUCAUAUGUUCGCGGUGUACACCUUGAAGCGACCUCGAUACAUCAUCAAGAGACUGACUGCUCUGCUGCAUCUCAUGACAGCUGCCUGUAUUCUUGUUCUGAACGAAGUGUUCUCCAGAAGCGUGGAACAUGGUUUGGAAAAUCUUCCAGACAAGUAUCCUCAAGGGGUAGAAUCCUCAUACGGCUUUUCUUACGUUUUCUCUUGGCUUGUUUUCGUCGUAUAUGUCACCGCGGGACUUUUGUUUUUAUUCAUUUCACACAAAAGGAAGGCGGACAUGGCCGAUACUGUUGAUGUCAUGGCGGAGCAGGAUGAGCCAAUGCAGCUGGGCAGAGUUUGAACGUUCCUGAUGUCGUUAUGUAUGCGCAAGUGCAAGCAAGUGGCAGUUAAGUUCCGGUUCACCCGGAAGUAGAAUUGUGCCUCUGACCACAUUUUGAUGGAAUAAUUCUGGACAUAAAGGACACUUUAAGUGAAAUAGCAAAUAACACUGAUGAUACAAUUAGCCACAAGAACAACACAUCUUGCUAACAUUGUGUUGAUGAAGCAAAGAGAAACAGAAACGAAACAACUCAGGAUGAUCAGUUUCGCUUAAUCUGACCGUGGCUGGCCACCUUACAUUAUGCAAAGCAUGCAAAUAAUAAAGUGAACACAUACUGACAUAUUAUAACUACCAACCGAUAAACGUGGCGAUGCAGUGAUGACAGUGUGCUUUACAUGGAUUGGAAAACAAGAGAGAUCUAGCACCUUGAAUUAUCCUAUCUCAUGGAUCGUUUGAACCGAUGUGCAUAACCUGGCCUUGACCUUCAUUAAUCAUCGAUGAAUUUGGAAAUGAUGUCAGAGAAAUUCCCAUAAGUCGAAUGGUGCUUUCCUUUGUGAUAUUGGUAAUGAUGAAAACCGCUGGUUCGUGUUCCUUUUCAAUGAGAUCAAUCACCAUUAUUUUUCAACUUAGAUUAGUUACAGUUUCGUGUGUUUUCCACUCCAAAUGGCUUCCAUUAUUGAUGACACUUCAUUCUUCACUCAAAUAUGUGUUUAUCAAGGAUAUUCACUGUGUGGUUUAUAUACGCCAAUAAUUUAUGCAUAAAGAUUCCAUAAUACAACACCACUAUUAACGUACAUUAUCAUUGUGUAAUUACCACUAUCUCGUAUAGUUUAUCAUGAUAUGAAUACAUGAUCAUGAAUCAAUAUGUAGCCUAGUCUUAAACAACAAUGAAUUUCAAAGGUGCCAUAUUCAUGUACAUGUAUGUGUUUCUUUGCAAGAUUAAACAAAACGUAGUAUUUCUUAUCAGUUAUAUAUAUACCAUUGGUUUGGCAAAUCGUCUAUGUAAAGAAUAUAAUUCUUAUGAUAUUGUUAUGCUCAAUGUGUAAAGUAAUAUGUAAUCUUUAAUGCAAUUUCCAUAUUGAUGCACUUUCUGUUGUAUUUUGAUGUGAUUUCCAUGUCAUGUCAACUAAACCAUCCUAAUAUCCAACACGGCAGGGAACCUGUAUAUAAUAUUAUGUGCACUGAUUUUCCAAUUUCAAGCUUUUCAACUUUUCAACAACACCCCUCAUCUCCCAUGCAUGAUUCCGUUUCCAGUUCUUUAAUACGCCAUUUUUUCACUCCCUGAUCAAUCACGUGAUGUGAUCAUUGAGUACGAACCUAUGUCAAUUUCUUCUUACACAAUUGCAUGUAUUGUUUGUGUUUCUAUUUUGCUUUUUCGUCAUUGCCUUUUUGUAUCACGCAACACUAAUUCCAAAGACCUUUGUCUGAAGUGAUGCAGAUGUUUUAAUUGUAGAGCACAUUUGAAUUCAUCACGGAUAGACUGGAGAGUUGUUGAGGGUUUGGGACAAGGAAAUACAUUUCUUUCUUUGCCCUUUGCCCUUUGACCUAUGUCCUAUUACAGAUUUGUAAAAUGUUGAUAAAAUUGUAUGUACCACAUUACAUGUGUUUACCAUAAAAGCGACGAAGUCUGACCAUAGUCAUAGGAAAUAUCUGCCAAAUACAGAGUCCACUAUACGAAGCCAUUUAUAUAUUUAUUGGCUCAGACCUAUUUUUUUUUAAAACAGUACAUAAACUUUUCAUUUGUAGUGUAAUAAUUUCAGAAAUCUAAACAUUCUUAUACCUAAUAUCUAAACAAGUAUGUAUGAGUUCAACAAUUACCUGACAUCUUGUAAUUCAUAUGUUUCGGAAAUACACGCCUAGAAUUUAGGAAGUAUUUCCAGAAAUACGAUCAGCCAAUCAACAUUUUGUCCGGAAGGUAAAAUAGCUGUAGGUUUGAUCAAUAGCUUUUAACGAAUAGAUACGGAAAAGGACUUGACUAAGUCGAUGAAUUGCGGAACUGAUGAAGACCUAAUGAUCUGAAUUUAGAAUGUUAGGAAUCCCCAGACACGACGUACAAAGGAAUAACAUGGCAGCGCAUUUGCUUGAUCUUAGAAACGUUUCACAAAUUCCCUUUCUUCUUUCAAGAGAAGAACGGUGAAAAACGGUGUUGUAUGUAUUGUCAGUCUCACCGGCCUUGCAUUAUCGCAUAUUUCAAACAUCCACAAUUUACCUCAAAAUGUUAUCAGUGUAGUCUAGUUAUACAAUACUAGUUUUCUAAAACAUAUAAAUCAAUGUUAUUUGCAUAGAGGUUAAACAUAUACUGUCCCACUAUUAUAUAUCUCUUUUAGCAAAAUAUAGAUUUUACGGGAUAGAUUAAGCAUGUGUGUUUUGAGAUGAUUGUUAACAGCUUUAUUACAUAUCUUUAUUAUUAGUUGUAUUUGUCACCAGGUUAAUUAGUAUUCUUGCAGACAGUAAUUGUAAAUAUAAAUCGUGGAGGCCAGAGAAGAAUCAGUCUCGAUUAUCUGCCGAUCUCGAUUAUACUGAGUGGUGACAAUUGUAUGAAAAUCUGUGAUGACACU